AGGAGCUAUUAAUUGGUCAGGACUUUGAUGGCCAGUGCUGUGCGCGUGUUCAUAGCGUUGGUCAAUUCGUCCUAAGUCACAAAGAAGUCAGUAGACAGACGCCUUGUGAAAUCCGAGUGUCGCUUAUUCCAGCAGAUUGCGGUUACUACAGCGAAUAUAUUUAUCCCGGUGACCUCUGUGACGAAGGCUCGGUGGGGCUGGGAUAAGGACUGAAAGAGAGAAACAAAAGGACAGAACCAGGUGAAGGAAGGAAGCCUCUCGAAGGAUGGAAUCGAUUGACUGACACAGAAGGGAAAUAACGCUGCCUCGGAGUGCCUCCAUUAAACGUGAUAUUGAAGAAACCAACGUUAGAAAUGGGCGUAGCUGCAUCGGCCUCUUCAACUUGGAAUCUGACUUAAACAAAAUUGUUCAGCAUGAUGAUCCUGAACACACUACAGUAAUGCUGAUGCUGGUAUCAAGAUUCCCAUACAGGUACCAAGAGGACAAAAAAUGCCAUAGUUUGUACUGAAAAGGAAUAAGGCCGCAUAUGCAUGUUGAACUGGCAACGGAUAGUACAUCAAGCAUACAUAAUGUGUACAUGCCAUCUAGUAUUGGAAAUGGAAACCAAUGAAAGACGAGCCAGUUUCUAGAUGGCCUGUCCAAAUUUAAAGUCAGAUGAUAAAAUACAUACUGGAUUGUAUCAACAUUGACUUGAAGUACAAAGUAUUGCUUUAUGCAGAUAAGGAAAACAUGAUGUGUCAAUGGAAAAUUACCACCAUGAGGUAAUGGAAGCAGUCAGAGAAUUCUGAAAUUUAUAUGGUGUUGGAAAUGGAAAGUGAUCAAAAAUUUAAUUUUCACCUUUAAAAUAAACCCAUAUUUCGACCCGAGGUUUUGAAGUAACAAUUUGGAGUGAAAUUUUACAAAGUACACAAAAUAAUUAUAUGAGUAUUUAAUAAAUAUUCUUGAACAUUUUAUAUUAUACCAUUUGUUGUUUUACGUUAUUCCAAAUGUUACAAGGGAAAGAUAAACUGAAAAAUUGCCUGCAAAAAUGAAGAAAUGUUCCAUUUGUGAAAGAGAGUUCAUUCUGGAAAGUAGCCUGAAAAUACAUAUUUUGAAGCAUAAUGAAGUGGAUGUUUGUGAAUGUUUAAAGUGUGGUGAAUCAUUUCCAAGUAAAUCACUGUUGGAAAAUCACAUGAAUAAACAUGCUCCAGGCAUUUUAUAUGCAUGCUCAGUAUGUGGGAUGGUACACAGGGAAGCUAAAGAUUUCAGACUACAUUUGGAGUUGCAUGUGAAAGAAAUUGGUGUAGAAAAUGCUCUUUUGAGUUAUCAGCCAUCUAAAAAGGGAAAGCUUGAAGGUUCCAGAAGCCGACGUAGCAUUUCAUCCAUAAAGAAUUUUAAAUGUGAUACCUGCACAUCAGUAUUUAAGACAAAGGCAAGUUUACUGCAACACAUGAAACAGCACAGUGUCCAGAGGAUACCAACAAGAUGUAUUCGAUGUCGGCAUGUCUUUCCAUCUGAAAAGCUGCUCAGGGAGCAUGUGAACAAGGAGCUUCAUAAAUGUGAAGUAUGUGAUAUAUCUUUUUCCUUAUGUGGCGAUUUGAAAUUCCACUCAAAAAUCCAUACAGAUCCAGAAAUAUUUGAAUGUGACAUUUGUGGGAAAGCAAUAACUAACAAGGGUAAUUUACUGAAACAUAAAAAGAUCCAUUCUGAUAGGCAGUGUUGCCUUUUAUGCAGCAAGAAAGUUAAGAAUGCUGAUGCCUUAAAAAUUCACAUGCGUAAAGUCCAUUCAGAGGAGCAACAAAUUCCAUGCACUGUUUGUGGUAAGGUAUAUGACAAGCAUUACAUCAAGGCCCAUCUGCUAACUCAUUCCAAGAAAAGGCAGACUUAUGACUGUCAUGUAUGUGGAAUGAGCUUCAAACAUCAGAAUUAUUUAACACUCCAUAUGAAGCGACACACUCACCCAAAGCAGUUGGACUGCGAUAUCUGUGGAAAGGAAUUUUCCCUGAGAAGAAAUCUACUCAAACAUAAAAAUAUUCACACUGGUGAAAGUGAAUGUUCCAUUUGUGCAAAGAGGCUACGGAAUAAGCGCUGCUUGAAACAACACAUUCAAGAAAAGCAUCUGCAAGAGUUUAUUAGCAAUAAAGCCCAGUGUGACAUCUGUGGCAAUAUGUAUCAUAAACAGUACCUUAAAACUCACAUCGAUAUUCAUUUGGGAAAGAAAGAUUACUGUUGCGAUAACUGUGGAAAAACUUUUGCUUCAUCAUUAUACCUUAGAGAGCAUGUGAAAACUCAUACUGGUGAGAAAAAGUACAAAUGUGACCUGUGUGGUAAAAUGUUGGGUUCAAGGGGAAGCCUAAAAUUCCAUUACAAAAUUCACCAAGGAGAAAAGCCUUACAAAUGCAAUUUGUGUCCACUUGCAUUCAUUCAGCAUUUUAAGUUGAAGGACCACAUGCGGGUUCAUCGCUCAGAUAAACCUUACUCUUGUGAAAUAUGUGGAAAGAAAUUUGCUCACAAGAAAAAUAUUAAACCCCACUACAGUACUCAUUCACAAGAGGAACUGCAGGUUUUGGAACCAAGUGUACUGAAGUCUAUUUCAAAAAGUUUUGAGUGUAAAUUCUGUGGAAAAACUUUUUAUCAGAGUUCAUUAUUAACCAGCCACAUGAGACUCCAUACAGGUGAAAAGCCAUUUGUUUGCUCUCUUUGUGGGAAAUCAUUCCACAGAGUUGCAUUACUCAAUAUUCAUUUGAAAAUCCAUAAUGAAAAUAAGAAACCUUACCAGUGUGACACAUGUAACAAACGCUUCCGGCUACGUAAAACAGUAAAGACACACAUGAUUCUGCAUAAUGAGGAAAUGGCACACCUGUGUUCUAUAUGUGGAAUAUUUUUUGGUGCAAAGAAGAAACUAGAAGAACACCUGAAAUCACAUUCUCCGAAUCUACAACCAGGACAGUCUCCAGAAAACUUUGUUUGUGACGUAUGUGGACACAUUUUCACUAACAAAAAUGACCAUGAGUUGCAUUACAAGUCUUGUUCACAUCAGGUCAUAGUGUGUUCCCAGACUGAUAUUGGGGAAAUUUAUGACUCUAGUCAUUUUGGGGGUUCAGUCCCAGAUAUAAAUUAUGUAACACAAGAAGUUUCAGACCUUAAGAAUAAAGACAUGUGUAAUGAGCCAUCAAUUGAAUGUUCAAACAGUACACCUUUAGAAAUAAAUGUUCAACCAGCUAGAACUCAAGUUAUUUUUAGGUUACAUGAAGACACUGAGAGUGUAACAGAUGGUAUUUUAGUCAAUAAAAUGGAUCAUUCAUACUAAUUGCUUACAUAUGCUUUAAUAAUGUAUUGGAUUUUUAUACCGAUUGUGUAACAUAAAUAUAUUACCAACUUAGUUUUGGUAUACUGAGAUGCA